CAUCAAUUCCUAUCAUGACUGUACAAGCACUACAAAUCACACCUCCCGAAAGCUUUACGAGCUCACCACCAACGCCCCCUGCGACCGAGGAGAAGAUCGUGCCAUCCAUCUCCCACAUUCUUGCAGCGGUUAAACAGCAUAAGGCUGGGAAUCGCAUACCUACUGGCGAACACUAGCUUAGAGUUUCUUUAGAUGGUUAUCAGUACAAAGAACUUCUUCAGCGCCAGCUCCGAAAGGACAAUCUCUGGGAUCACUACGAACAGAAAUUUCUGUGAGUAUAGAGUGUUUUGCUGCUGCUUAGCUCAUGCGAGGACAGACACGAUUACUUUCCACGACUUGAAAUAUAUAUCCUUCGGAUGCCCAGUUCACUACACGAAAGCCUCG